AAUAGACUAUAGGAGAAAUCGGUGUUGAAACAGCUGGGGGAGAGAAAAGUGAGCAGGUAAGAGAAGGAAAAGGGUGAUGAAGAGGAUGUAGACGUGUAAAAGUGUGUGUUUGUGGCGUUUGAGCAGUUCUCUUUUAUUAAAGAAGAAGAAAAGGCGAAAAAAAAAGCUGAAGUGUGGAUUCAUCUUGAUAAUAAACUCUGUUUCUUCUCCAGUCUGAAAGGUAGCCGCGAGUGGUCAUGGGGAAUUUUAAAGGCCAUGCGCUACCCGGCAGCUUGUUUCUGAUCAGCGGUAUGUGGUGGGCGGUGAAAUACUCGCUGUGGUACGCCACCCGCAGGAACAAGAGCGCCGGCGCAGCCAGACUCACCACACGAGCCGCACAGCACCGGCUGGAAAUCAUCGAAGGAGCCACCAUGCUCUUCUUCUCCAUUGUCGGAAUGUUAGCAGAACAGUUCACAGUUGAUGGUCCCAAGCUCCAUCUCUACAACUCGUCCACUCAGCACUGGGAAAAACUGAUGAACUGGCAGCACACAACCAUGUACCUGUUCUUCGGCCUGGCCGGAGCCACGUCCCUCACCGUCCACAGCACCAGUGCGGCUCCUCUGGCUUUAGAUCGCUUACUGCUGGGCCUCGCUUUCUUUAACGAAGGAUUCUUGUUCCUCUAUCACCUCCACGGCAGAGACAUGCUGGACGUCCACGUGCACAUGCUCCUGCUGUACGCCGUGUUCGGAGGCGCACUCGUCUGCCUGCUGGAGGUCUUCCACAGAGGAAACCUGCUGCUGGAGCUGUUACGAGCCGCACUCUGUCUGCUGCAGGGCAGCUGGUUCUGGCAGAUUGCCUUUGUGCUCUACCCCCCCAGCGAGGUGAAGUGGGAUCAGUCGGAUCACAACAACAUGAUGUUCAUCACCAUGUGCUACAGCUGGCACUUAGCCUUCGCGCUCAUCGUCGUAGCCGUAACACACACCACUGUUACAUGCGUGAUACGAUCCAAACUCAGGAGGAUGCCGCCGAUGGAGAUGGGGCUGCUGAAACCACAGGAGAGAGACGCAGACUCUGAGGACGAGGUUGUGUAAGUGUUUAUCUCCCUCGUGCCCAGUGUUCUCAGAGGAGACGCGCUGGAGAGACGCCUGUGAUCAAAACCAGCAACAUCGAAACCUAUGACAGGGACAGAGGGGACUUCCUGGAGACUCACUCCACUGCGCUUGGGGGCGGGGUUGAGGGGGUGGGGACGAGUGUGGACCAUGAAGACUUGUCUUCAGCCGCUAUUACAUUCCAUCUGGUCAUCUCUCUCUCUCUCUCAGUUUCUCUCUCUCUCUCUCUCUCUCUCUCUCAGUUUCUCUCUCUCUCUCUCUUAAAAUGAAUACAUUUUGAAUCCUAAUUUCUCUCACUCUAUCUGUAGCGUACAAGAUUUUCACCAGGUUUUCCCUGCACUUUAACCUGUUUAUUGAAAACUCGCUAAUAAUGGAAAGUCUAAGGGUACAUGUUGAUCUCAAUCAAUAAGAAAGUCUAAGGGCAGAUGUUAAUCACAAUUAAUAAGAAAGUCUAAGGGCAGGUGCUAAUCUCAAUUCAGGAGAAAGUCAAAGGGCAGAUUUUGAGCUCAUUUAAUAAAAAGUCUAAAGGCAUAUGUUGAUCUCGAUUAAUAAGAAAGUCCAAGGGCAGAUGUUGAAGGGCAAAUGUUGAUAUCAGUUAAUAAAAAGUCUAAGAGCAGAUGUUGAAGGGCAGAUGCUGAUCUCAAUUAAUAAGAAAGUCUAAGGGCAGAUGUUGAUCUAAAUCAAUAAGAACGUCUGGGGCGGAUGUUGAUCUCAAUUAAUAAGAAAGUCUAAGGGAAAAUGUUGAUAUCAAUUAAUAAGAAAGACUAAGGGCAGAUGUUGAGCUCAAUUAAUAACAAGUCUAAGGGCAGAUGUUAAUCUCCAUCAAUAAGAAAGUCUAAGGGCAACUGCUGAUCUCAAUUAAUGUGUUAAUUAAUAAUCAUGACAUAGUCAUUACACUGGAACAGUCGCAACAAACCAACAGUACUGUAGAAAGUAUGUUGUGUAAGGUUACACUUUCCUGAACGUUUUCUACAACAUGUGUCUUUACACCAAUAGAACAACAGAUUCCUCCAUGAAAGAGAAGUUCUGUUAUACAGAUUUAUCCAAACAAGUUUAAACAAGUCACAAAAAAGUACAACACAGAAAAUCAUGACUUAUAACUUAUAACACAUUAUAACAUGGCUAAUAACACAGAAAGAUGCUGAGAGACGGGAAUGUACUUUAAAAUUUAUCACAACAAUUUCAACAGCUGCCCUUAGACUUCCAUUAAGAAUGAACCUGAAGUAGAAAAUAAAUGUACGUCUUUUUACACCAAUUUCUGCGUAUAUACUACAGAUACAGAGUUUACUCUUCAACGAGAGACUCGCUCUGGUGCAGUCAUUCCUUACCUUUGCUAGAAAAUACCAAAGAACCUCUUGACAUUUUGUCUAAAUAUCAGACACAUAUUUAUACGUUUAUGUUUUCAGGGUUAAAACCAGCAACUCUGAAAGAGAAAAAAGAAGUUCAUUAGAUGUGUAACUUUUACUGCUAAAAGCAACUCACAUGCUAAUUCGACACGCCGGUAGCUAAAGUAGUAGCUGUUGAUACGAGGACAGAUUCGGAUUUGUUUGGCUUUUCGACACCUCUACCUGUAGUAGAAAAGCUGGUUUUGUUACAUUAUGUUGACAUUUUUCGAGCAGAAACCGUGUGCAAUCUGAGAAGAAGCUUGAAUUAUCGUGUAUCAGCUAUUUAUUGAUAAAAAAAACAUACUGUACCUAUUCAUAUACUGUAUGUUGUAAAGAUACUGCCUGUUUCAGAGGAUUUGACAGCUUUUUAUUAUUUAAUACUAAAAAAAUGUGUGUAAUUUUCUUGUUUUUAUCAUGGUAUGGUAGUUCACUUUUAUUAUUUUUUACUAUACACUGAUUGCUUUGUGUUGGCUGAAUUUAUAAAAUAAAAAAAAGUGCCAUAACACUUUGCUUUUAAAAAUAAAAAUCCAAAUCGCCAGA